UUUGUGUGUGGGAGGAACACGGAUCCAUCAUGGGUACCCACUGUGAUCCUUCCCCGCAGAUUAACCCGGGCUUUACCCUCCGGGUGUUUGCUCUCCUGUGUUUCCUGGAGAUGUCCGGCUCUCAGGAGAUUUACGCGCCGCACUCCAUCCGCGUGGAGGGCGACGUGACGCUGGGGGGGCUGUUCCCGGUGCACGCGCGGGGGGUCCCGGGGAUCCCGUGCGGGGACAUCAAGAAGGAGAACGGCAUCCACCGACUGGAGGCCAUGAUGUACGCCCUGGACCAGAUCAACGGCGACGAGGAGCUGCUGCCCAACGUCACGCUGGGCGCGCGGAUCCUGGACACGUGCUCGCGGGACACGUACGCCCUGGAGCAGUCGCUGACGUUCGUGCAGGCGCUGAUCCAGAAGGACACGUCGGACGUGCGGUGCACCAACGGGGAGCCGCCGGUGUUCGUCAAGCCCGAGAAGGUGGUGGGGGUGGUGGGGGCCUCCGCCAGCUCCGUGUCCAUCAUGGUGGCCAACAUCCUGCGCCUCUUCCAGAUUCCUCAGAUCAGCUACGCGUCCACGGCCCCGGAGCUGAGCGACGACCGGCGCUACGACUUCUUCUCCCGCGUGGUCCCUCCAGACAGCUUCCAGGCGCAGGCCAUGGUGGACAUCGUCAAGGCGAUGGGCUGGAACUACGUCUCCACCGUGGCGUCCGAGGGCAGCUAUGGUGAGAAGGGCGUGGACGCCUUCAUGCAGCUCUCCAGAGAAGCAGGUGGAAUCUGUAUUGCUCAGUCUCUGAAGAUCCCUCACCACCACAAAGCAUCCGACUUCGAUAAAAUCAUCCGUCUGCUGCUGGACACGCACCACGCCCGGGCCGUCAUCCUCUUCGCCUCCGACGAGGAUAUCAGGGGUAUCCUGAAUGCCAGUAAGCGAGCGGACCAGGUGGGUCACUUCCUCUGGAUCGGCUCGGACAGCUGGGGCGCCAAAAACAGUCCCAUCAUCCAGCUGGAGGACGCCGCCAUGGGCGCCGUCACCAUCCUGCCCAAGAGAGCCACCAUCAGAGAUGUGACACCGGCCGGCCUGCUCUCAUCCCGCUGUUCCCUGGAAACGGCGGCGGUGUCGGCGUCCCCAGGGACCGCCGGGUUCGACACGUACUUCACGUCGCGGACGCUGGAGAACAACCGGAGGAACGUUUGGUUCGCCGAGUACUGGGAGGAGAACUUCAACUGCAAACUGAUGAGCUCCUCCAAGAAAGACGAGAGCAGCAGGAAGUGUACAGGUCAGGAGCGGAUCAGCAUUGACUCCAAGUACGAGCAGGAGGGAAAGGUGCAGUUUGUGAUCGACGCGGUGUACGCCAUGGCGCACGCUCUGCACAACAUGCAGCGGGACCUGUGUCCCGAAAACUCGGGCAUCUGCCCCGACAUGGACCUGGCCGGGGGGAAGAAACUACUCAAGUACAUCCGCAGCGUCAGCUUCAACGGAAGCGCCGGCACUUCAGUGACGUUCAACCGUAACGGCGACGCCCCCGGGCGCUACGAUCUGUUCCAGUACCAGUGGAACAACGUCUCCGGGCCGGGGUACCGCGUCAUCGGACAGUGGACCGAGACGCUGCAGCUCAAGGUGGAGGAGAUGCAGUGGCCUGGCGGCAAGCAGGACAUCCCCAGCUCCGUGUGCAGCCUUCCCUGUAGGACGGGCGAGAGGAAGAAGGUGGUGAAAGGCAUGCCGUGCUGCUGGCAUUGCGAGCCCUGCGACGGGUACCAGUACCAGCACGACGAGUUCACCUGCAAGCUGUGCUCCUACGACAUGCGCCCCGACGCCAACCGCACCGCAUGCCAGCCCAUCCCCAUCACCAAGCUGGAGUGGCACUCACCCUGGGCUGUGAUCCCCGUGUUCCUGGCCAUGAUCGGCAUCAUCGCUACCAUCUUUGUCAUGGCUACGUUUGUACGGUACAACGACACGCCGAUCGUCCGGGCGUCCGGCCGCGAGCUGAGCUACGUGCUUCUGACUGGGAUAUUUUUAUGCUACAUCAUUACCUUCCUAAUGAUCGCUAAGCCAGAUGUUGGCGUGUGCUCGUUCCGAAGGAUUUUCCUGGGUUUAGGCAUGUGCAUCAGCUAUGCCGCCCUCCUCACCAAAACCAACCGCAUCUACCGAAUCUUCGAGCAGGGCAAGAAGUCGGUGACGGCUCCGCGGCUGAUCAGCCCCACCUCGCAGCUGGCGAUCACCUCCAGUCUGAUCUCGGUGCAGCUGUUGGGCGUGUUCGUCUGGUUCGUGGUGGAUCCGCCCAACACGCUCGUAGACUACGACGAGCAGAAGACCUUCAACCCGGAUCUGGCUCGAGGCGUGUUGAAGUGUGACAUCACGGAUCUGCAGAUCAUCUGUUCGUUGGGUUACAGUAUCCUGUUGAUGGUGACGUGUACUGUGUACGCCAUAAAGACCCGCGGGGUCCCGGAGAACUUUAACGAGGCCAAGCCCAUCGGGUUCACCAUGUACACCACCUGCAUCGUUUGGCUGGCAUUUAUACCUAUCUUCUUCGGCACGGCGCAGUCUGCGGAAAAGCUGUACAUCCAGACGACCACACUGACCAUCUCCAUGAACCUGAGUGCGUCCGUGGCUCUCGGGAUGCUCUACAUGCCCAAAGUUUACGUCAUCAUCUUCCACCCGGAGCUCAACGUGCAGAAGAGGAAGCGCUCCUUCAAGGCCGUGGUCACCGCCGCCACCAUGUCAUCCCGACUCUCCCACAAAGCCAGCGAGCGACCCAACGGCGAGGCCAAGACGGAGCUGUGUGAGAACGUCGACGCCAACAGUCCAGCAGAAAAGAAGAAAUUCGUGAGCUACAACGACCUUGUGAUCUAACAGCAUCCAAGAGAGACUGAACAGAGAGAAAGAAAGGUCUCCUGCCCUGCUGGCUAAAAAGCAAAGAAAGAAAGGAUGUUUUUCUGUUGUUUAGUUGUUUGGUCUCAUGUGCUUCAUUGCCCACACAGACUUUCAGAUGCUGAAGCAAAGCAUUGUGGGACUGCCCUGUGGACAAAGACUUACGGCACCAAACAUUCACUAAGACAGACAAAGAGAAGCGAGGACACAAAGAGAGCGAAGACGGGUUCAAAAAAAUACGUGAGGAUGUUCAGAAAAUAAAAAAUAAAUCACUUUUUGUCCGUGAGGAUAAACAUGGCAGACAUCUUGCAGCCUCACACGGGGCACCACUUUGUUUCUCUCUCUGCCGUUGAUGUCAAACGUAGCCGCCGUCUCGGCCGGUCGUGACCUUUCUACGGAGCCCGCCUCCUGUUGUCUUUUAAUGUACUUCCAAACUGCAAGUUUUCCAACCUUCCUGUCCUCCCUUGUGUGGUUCUUAAUGGCUUCUAUGUUACUUUGGUUGUUGGUUUUCUUUCUUUUCUUUUAAAGAUGACAAUGGUUAUUACGUCGAUGAUGAUGAUGAUGAAUCUGUUUUGCUCUUUGCUGCUUGGAUGCACAUUGUUUUUUUUUUAUUAAAGCCAUAUUCUUUGCUUUGAGAUUUUGAGGGCUUUGCUCACGCUGCCGGCUGGGAUCUGAUUGUUGCCACUUAAAAAUGUCCUUAAAGACCCUGAAAACAUGUUUUCUCAACCGGCUUCUUACUGAGAGGGAUGGGAUCCUAUUUUCAGAAACACUUUAGAUCACAGCGCGAUGAUGAAGUACAGCGGUUUUUAAAGUUUCAGAGUUCGACUCUUUCAUUUCGAUGGUACAUUCUGAGCUUUAGUAAACAUGGUGUGACAUGAAAAAGGUUCAUAUUAAAGGGAUAGUUCAGAUCUUUUGAAGUGUAGUUAUACGGUAAGUUAGUUAAUUAGGUAUGUUACAGUAGUUCAGUUUACGACAGGGACCUGAAACUGUUCUCUCUGCCAUUUUACCUCGCAGAACACGGGAGUUGCUGCUCUACCACUGCCUCUAUCGGCUAGUUUUUUUAGUUUCAACUGUCCCUUUAAUGGAUGUUGUCUCUCAUGUUGUCUUACUUCUAUCUGGGUGAUGUAAACAGGAAGAAGUAUAAUGAUUACCUUGAUACUGGAGAGUUCUGCAGCCUCUUUUUUUCUCAAAUUUUGUGUGUUACGUCUGUGUGUUUAGAUUUCACAGAGUUAUGACUCGGAGAAGGAGUGUGAUUUUUGACGCAGAUUGUAGCAGUUGGGUGCUUAAGUAUUUUAAAGGUGCAGGAAACUCAAAAUCAGGCACUUGUGACUUUGUAGGUGUUAAUUACGCAUGUUGUCUUGCCAUGAGCUCUUGGGAAUGUCAAUGUUGUUGUUUUCUACCUAAAUGUCGUCCUCUUUGUUAUCUGCUUCAGACGUUGGUUUUAAGCCCUCUUUGGCAACGUUUCUUAAAGGGAAAAACAUGUGUGCAGCGCCUCAAAGAAGCUUCCAGUAACUUCAAGUCCUUAAUCUCCUCAAUGAUCUGCGUCUCUGCUCCGAAUGCUGGUGAACAGUAGAUGCUAGAUCGCACCUGAUAUACGUGUCAACGCCAACACGGGCAAACUGCGCAG